AUGAAAUGCUUCCGCGAGUCGACAUCAUCAAGCAACACCUCAAGUCAAAGAAAUUUGUCAAGGCUCGUGACUGGUACUGUCAUGACUACUCGCAGUAUCAUCUUGAACCGCAUUCCUUUUGAGGUGGAGAAGCACGUACAAGGUAAGCGCUACAAGCGUAUGAAGCAACAUGUCAAGAUCAAGUUAACCAAAAACGAGGACGACGGCGAUGAUGAAGCGCAGUAUAAGGCAGACUUUGAUGCCGAUGCCUUUGAAUCUGAAAAUAAACAGGUCUUAUACUCGAUAGACGGAGAGCAAGAGGACAAUGAAGAUGACAAUGAAUCAGACGCUUCACUUGAAGGCGUCAAGCUUAAGAAGGACGAGGAGAUUGACGAUUUGGCUGACUUGUAUCCAAAGGAAUUGGAUCAUUCAAUGAAUAAUGAAGACGGGGACCAUAGAAGGGAGAAAUGUUCUCGAAGAAAACGUUUGGCCGACAGCAAGAUGUUCACGGAGCAGACCACAAAGAAGAUGAAAAAGACUGUUUAA